GGGUGGGUAUCUAUCUAAAACUAAAAGUAAAAGAAAAUUUUUGCACCUACUUUUAAUAAUCAAUUUUUUGAAUUGCAUUAAUUCACUUCUCACUCACUCGUAUAUUGGGCGGGGCAGGGAAUACAUAAUUACAUACUAUUGGUGGGUGUUUCUAUGAUUAGAUUGGAUGGGAUUGGAUUGGAGACUAGUAUUAAUGUUUCACCUGUCAAUGUUAAUCUCUGAUUCCUCUAUCCAGCCAUUCAUAUUUGAUUUGGUUGGUUAUAUGUAUUAGGAUUACUGAGAAUGAGCUUCCAAGAUAUUCAGAAUGGCGGCAAGCCCUCCUCCUCUGCCUGGCGUGGUCGGCCGUCGUCUCAGAAUCCAUCGCAGUCCGUGGCCGCUGGGAUUUUCCAGAUCAACACUGCUGUUGCCGGAUUCCGUAGACUUGUCGAGGCCAUCGGAACUUCCAAGGACACUUCCGACCACCGUCAGAAGCUGCACAAUACAAGGCAACGGAUACUGCAGUUGGUGAAGGAAACUUCUGUUAAGCUCAAAUCCCUUAGCGAAUCCGAGCGCGGUGCCAACGUUGAUCCAACUAAAAGAUUAGAAGAUGCUAAGCUUGCAAGAGAUUUUCAGACUACCUUACAAGAAUUCCAGAAAGUUCAACAGCUUGCUUCUGAGCGCGAGUCUACAUACUUACCCGCUGCACCCUCGUCUUCAACGUCCAGCUCUGCUGAGCAUUUGGCUCAGAACGUGGAACAGGAGAACCAGCCAUUUCUUAUGGAACAGAAAAGGCAGGAGGUUCUACUGAUGGGAAAUGAAAUUGCAUUCAAUGAAGCCAUUAUUGAGGAGAGGGAACAGGGCAUUGAAGACAUACAAGAUCAAAUUGGAGAAGCUAAUGAAAUUUUUAAAGACCUUGCUGUUUUGGUUCAUGAACAGGGUGUUGUUAUUGAUGACAUUCAAUCAAAUAUUGAGGCUUCCUCUGCUGCAACCACCCAAGCAAGAGUACAGCUUUCUAAGGCUUCAAAAAGUCAGAAAUCUAAAUGCUCAUGGUGUUGGUGGGUGCUGGCAGUUAUUGUGGUGGUAUUGGUGAUUUUAGUAGUUGUCCUAAUAAUAUAAAGUGCAAGUCCACGUGUGCAAUUGCUGUGUGACGUUACUAGUUGGGAUUUUGGUGGUGUUGAUAGAUUUCAAAGUGUUAAUCUUUACAUAUUGGAGAGAAUAGCAGGAAUUUCGAGGAAUGUCUAUUUGUUUUUCUUUUAUUGCUGCGUUUUGGCCUUGUUAUUUGUGGACACUGUACUAUUUAAGUGCCAUUGAUGUAGUAUUUACACGGUUGACAAUCAGUGUCAUCCUCUGUUGUAACGUGUAUGAAGAAUGAAAUCGUAAUGUCGCUCUGUAAUGAGUGGUGGAUUCUGUGGUGUUAUUGAAAUGAUAAAUGUAUGAGGCUGUGUUUGAUUUCAUU